GCUGUGACAUGUUCUGCUCCAGGAAUGUUGGCUAGAUCCUCCUAAGAGCACUUUCCCUGUCUGCUAUCCGAAGCCGCACUCGAGUCCAGGCAGAGAAGAAGACCAUGACUCCCAAGCAGCUCCGGCUGCAUGUCCUGCUCCUGGCAACACUGCUGUCCCUCCUGACCUUCUCAGAUGUUUCAAGUGAGAGCAAGCUAUUAAAGAUCUUGGCUAAAAGAGAAGCAUCUGAAGAACCUGAGCCCAUGGCGGUGGCCGUCUCGCCGCACGAUGCUGCCGGCUUCCUGGUGAAGAGGCCGAGAAGAAACGUGUGGGACCGCAGCCGACCCGACGUGCAGCAGUGGAUCAUGCAGCUGAUGCACAUGGGCUAUGAUGAGGCGAGAUUAGAGACUGACCUGUCCUACUGGAUGGACUACUCUCGUGCUCAUGACCAGGGACGUCAGCACCAUUAUGAUGAGAACGCUCCGAUCGGACCCCGGGAUUCCGCUUCUUUCCGGCAUGGUGCCAACGUCAACUAUGACUACUACUAACAUCCCAUGCAAAAUCUUUGAAUGAAUAGAGAGCCCAUGUGAUGCUGUUAUUGUCAAUAAUCUAUAUUAUCAUACUGUAUGCAUCUCAACAUAGAAAUCUGCAAUAUGAACCUCGUACUGUAACCAUUCUAAAUAAAGCUGGGAAUUUUUGCCUCCAAAAGAUUCA